UUUUACAUAUAUAUUUAAAUGAGAAUGAAAAUCGAUUGCUGACAAACUACAAAUUAGGGUGGCCAUUAAAUAUUAUUUAGUUGUACAUCUUAUGUGCGAGAUCUGGCAGCUGCGUUAAGAAAUGCCGAACGAUAAUGCACCCGCAGCCAGCCCAGAUGAUAACAAUGAGCAUGAACUAAGGCAGAAGACUAAAGAAUUGGCAAACGCAUCGGCGCAAAUGCUAGCAAGCGCCGUUGCCGGCUUAAAAAUAAAGAAGCCUGGGUCGACGGAAAACGAAGCCAAUGAGAACGAGUCGGCGCCCGCAGCAGCAGCAGCAGCACCACCGCCAGAACGGUCAACGCUAGCCAAAAAUGGCGCCUAUAUAUCGUUAGACUCUAGCAAACAAGCACUGCUGCAGGCAGUCAAUGAAGCAGUGAGCUUCACACGGCCACAGUCGAAGCAAUUUACAUUCUGGUCAACGCAACCGGUGCCAAAGCUAAACGAACUGGUGACCACAAAUGAGUGCAUCGAGCCAAACAAAGAGAUUUCUGAGAUACGUGCCGAGCCGUACACCUUGCCCAGCGGUUUCAAAUGGGUGACAAUCGAUGUGAACGAUCCCAACGACAAUAAGGAGCUCUAUACGCUGCUCAACGAGAACUAUGUGGAGGACGAUGAUGCCAUGUUCCGUUUCGACUAUCAGCCAGAGUUUUUAAAGUGGUCCCUGCAGCCACCUGGCUGGAAGCGUGACUGGCAUGUGGGCGUGCGGGUCGAGAAGUCGGGCAAACUAGUGGGCUUCAUUUCGGCCAUACCAAGUAAGCUGCGCUCGUACGACAAGGUGCUGAAAGUGGUGGACAUCAAUUUCCUCUGUGUGCACAAGAAAUUGCGCAGCAAGCGCGUUGCCCCCGUGCUGAUACGCGAGAUCACACGUCGUGUCAAUCUGACCGGAAUCUUUCAGGCUGCGUACACUGCGGGCGUGGUUCUGCCAACGCCUGUGGCCACCUGUCGCUAUUGGCACCGCUCGCUGAAUCCUAAGAAGCUGGUGGAUGUGCGUUUUUCCCAUUUGGCUCGCAACAUGACCAUGCAACGCACUGUGAAGCUGUACAAACUGCCUGACCAGCCCAAGACAAAAGGCUAUCGUCGCAUCACGUCCAAGGAUAUGGACAAGGCGCACAAACUGCUGGAGGAGUAUCUAAAGCGUUUCUCCCUGUGCCCAGUGUUCACCAAAGAGGAGUUCCGUCAUUGGUUCACGCCCAAGGAGGGCAUAGUCGAUUGCUUCGUGGUCGCCGAUGAGAAGGGCAACAUUACCGAUCUGACCAGCUACUACUGUCUGCCCUCGUCCGUGAUGCACCAUGCCGUGCACAAGACCGUGCGUGCCGCGUACUCAUUCUACAAUGUGUCCACAAAGACGCCUUGGCUGGAACUAAUGAACGAUGCCCUGAUCUCUGCGCGUAACGUCCAAAUGGAUGUCUACAAUGCUCUCGAUCUGAUGGAGAAUAAGAAGUUCUUUGUGCCGCUUAAGUUUGGUGCCGGCGAUGGCAAUUUGCAGUACUAUUUGUACAACUGGCGCUGUCCAGCCAUGCAGCCCGAGGACAUUGCCUUGAUACUCAUGUAAGACGGUUGGUGGUGGAUGAGUUGAAGAACCCGCAACAAAAAAUGCACGUUAACAAAGAGGGAAAAGGAAAAUGAAAAAUGAUUAAAAAUACAAACAAAAACGAGACAGAACUUGUUGACAUUCUCGCCGAAUCCACGUUUAUUUACGCGCAAGCCCUUAAUGUCCUCACCCCGCCCCACAUUCUUGAAGGUUUAUCUUAAUUGAAUUAAGUAUUUACGCAAAAAUUAGUGCACUAUUUCUCUGAUAUCUUGUAUCUUGU